AGGCUCCAGAAGGGGUUAAAAAUAAUAAUAAUAAUAAAAAAACCCAACCAGACAACAAAACCUCCAAACCAACAACCCCCAAAGGCAGCCACCACCAUCGCAGCCCCCCGCCCAGCCAUGGUGCGGUGCUGAGCGCGGCCCCCGGGGCCAGCGGGGGGGACCAUGAACCUAGUGGGGGGCUACCAGCACCACCACCAUCACCACCAUCACCACCACAUGCUGCACGACCCGUUCCUCCUGGGGCCGGCGGCGCGGUGCCACCAGGAGCGAGCCUAUUUCCCCGGCUGGGUGCUCAACCCCGCCGAGGUGAGCCCCGAGAUCGCCGGGCAGAGCCCGAAUUACGGCCCCACCGAGUACAGCCCGGCUGGCCAAGGGCGACUGGAGGCUCUCGGCAACCGCCUGGGUCGUCGGAAAGGGGUCGGGGGUCCUAAGAAAGAGCGACGGAGGACGGAGAGCAUCAACAGCGCCUUCGCCGAGCUCCGCGAGUGCAUCCCCAACGUGCCCGCCGACACCAAGCUCUCCAAGAUCAAGACCCUGCGCCUGGCCACCAGCUACAUCGCCUACCUGAUGGAGGUGCUGGCCAAGGACAGCCAGCCCGGGGACACCGAGGGCUUCAAAGCCGAGCUCAAGAAGACCGACAGCAGGGAGAACAAGAGGAAAAGGGAGACGCAGCCCGAGGUCUACUCGCAGCCUUUGGGCCACGGCGAAAAGAAGCUGAAGGGCCGGACGGGUUGGCCCCAGCAGGUCUGGGCUCUGGAACUGAACCCCUGAGGGCUGCCCCGACGGCGCUCCCCGCUCUAUGUGCAAUGUCGGAGAGAGCCCGGCCCCGUUCCCGGAGCCCUUUCCAGGCGCAGGAUGCGGGUUCCCAGCUCGGCUCCCCCUCGCUGAGGCGGACGCUCCGCAGGAUUCAAGCGAAGGGCGCCUUGCGGGUCGGAUCCUGCCCGCCCCAUCGGGGCCAUUUCCCCCCUCGCCCCUUCCCCAGUUUUCGGUAAUCGUUGCUCUUUCCAAUUGUCUGCGGCGAUCGGUGCCUUCUGUCCUCCCGGGCCGGGUUAAAACGGUUUGAUUCGUUUGCUGUUGUAAAUACGAGCCCCUUCUUCUGUCCCCGUCCCCAUUCGCUGCCUGACCGACGUGUGGCCGCGGUGAAACUACCUAGAGGUGCAUCUGGGAACACUCCUGUGCCGGGUUUUCUACCUCAGAUCUGUAUGACCACUUCCCGAGGGACCGGGCGCGCCACAUCACGUAUUUAAAACAGAAUA